AAACGCACCCUUCUCGGAACGUCAACAUCCCGACUUGAACCCAAAGGCUCUUUUAAGAGCCACCCACAUCCGCUUCAAAAGGGCCAAAUCCAUUGUCGUAGGGAACCAUGAGCCACUCUUGAGUGGACGGGGAGGGAGUGUUGAAUGAUAGGACGCUAUGUUCAGUGCAGGCUUGGCGUACAGUCGUAUUAAACCACGAGCCACUCUGCGUGGACGGGGAGGGAGUGUUAAAUGAUAGGACGCUAUGUUCAGUGCAGGCUUUGCGUACAGUCGUAUUAAACCACGAGCCACUCUGAGCGGACAGGACACUAAUGUUCAGUGCAGGCUUUUGCGUACAGUCGGAUUACGAGACACCCGAAAUAAAGGCACCAGGGCUGGGAAAUCCCCACCAAGUCUCACGUCUGGCCAUUGUAGGACUUUUUUUGAAACACACCAUUCCCCACCAGUGACAGAGCAUAGGCUAUGGGAUAAGGGGGACAGGUCUUUGUUAGGGAAGCAAGCCUCUGAGUGGAAGGCUCUUAUGCGCGCUCAGCUCCACUGGGCAAAUGGCAGGGGCGCCUAUGAGAAAGCAGGGGUGUGUCCACGGCCGGCGAAUUAGCUUAGCGUCGUCUUCAUAAGAGGGAAAGGGCUCUCCACCCCCUCAUUCGUUUGUGAGAAGCAACGAGACAUCAGCAUCAUGCCCGAGCCAGCAAAGUCCGCGCCCAAGAAGGGCUCCAAGAAAGCCGUCACCAAGACCGCAGGGAAAGGCGGCAAGAAGCGCCGAAAGUCUAGGAAGGAGAGCUACGCCAUUUACGUGUACAAAGUCCUGAAGCAGGUCCACCCCGAUACCGGCAUCUCCUCCAAGGCCAUGGGAAUCAUGAACUCGUGUGACGACAUCUUCGAGCGUAUCGCCGGAGAGUCGUCUCGCCUGGCCCACUACAACAAGCGUUCCACCAUCACCUCCAGGGAGAUCCAGACCGCAGUGCGGCUGCUGCCCCCCGGGGAGCUGGCCAAGCACGCAGUGUCCGAGGGCACCAAGGCCGUGACCAAGUACACCAGCUCCAAGUAAACAGCGCAUUUGGAGUGCUGUAGUAACCCAAAGGCUCUUUUAAGAGCCACCCACCCUGUCAGUGAAAGAAGCAAAUCCAUGUGUGUGUGUGUGUGGAGGACAUGUCAAAGAGGGUUGUGUCCAAUUGCGGGGGGGGGAUUAAUGAUGCUGACAUGAACAGGGUAGGAAUGUGUGCAUGCCAGUAGAACACAGUGAGUGGGAUUCCACUGACUGGACACAUGAAGAACGGUGUCAGAGCAAGUGACGUCACCGAUUGAAACGAGCCGUUCCACCUGUACAAGAGGGAGGAGGAGAAGAAGAGCCUCUCUGUCUCUCUCGGCCUAUAUCAGGGCCAACAAGCACAUGGGGCGCCAGCCUCCAUAGCGCCGGCCGCACAGCCAGACACCAAGACCCACAGACAGACACAAAGACCGGCACGAGUCACGCUGCGGAGUCAAGCGAGGAAGGACUGCGAGAAGGGCACAAGCCCAACUACUUUGGCCCUCACCUCAUCUGGAUGACACGCUUUUGAAAGA